CCCCUAGGAUGCUCCAUCCCCCACACUGACGUCAGGAGGACUGGGCUGGGAAUAAGGCGAUGGAAAGAUGAGAAGAGAGUAGAGGAGGAGCAGCGGCGGCAGUGCUUCCAGUGUAUCCAGUGCAAGGGGACCGGGACAGGACGCGCUUCCAGCGGGAUGCAGCAGAGCGUGACCCGGGCAUAGAGUGACUGCACCGGCGCAUGGUCCCAGGCACUGGUGCGCGUGACUGUGGUAGUGCUGGCUGUGCAUCGCCACUGGACCUGGUGCAAUUGCGCUGUGUGACUAUAUAGUAGUGUUGGCUGGGCAGUGUCACUGGACCUGGUGCUUAUCGUUGUGACUGUUGUAGUGUUGACUGUGCAUCGCCACUGGACCUGGUGUGGACCUUACUGCCUCCGGGACUCUGCAGAUUGUGUGGCCAGUGGACGAGAUCCAGCACAAGGAGUGCAGUCUGCCGGAUAUCACUGAGCUGGGAUUUCACUUGGGGAUAAGUGGUUUGAAGCAGCGUUAUCUCACUGUGAUCCCUGGGAGCAGACUCCCGCACCCAGGAACAGAGGACCAGGCAAGGUGAUGAUUCCACGGUGGUUGUGUAUUGUGGCCCUAUUCUUGAGCAUAGAAGUACAAGGAUGGAAUCAGGUGCCCCGGAAAACAGUGCGCUAUUCAGGUGUGUCUGAGAUCCGCCAGUCCUGGCACAGUGGCAUCUCCCACUACCUGACUCUAACAUUGGAUGAAAAACGGGGGGCACUCUAUGUGGGUGCACGAGAGCUCAUAUUUACUCUGGACAUGAAUAACAUAGGCAGGGAGCUACGGCCGCCGAUUUUAUGGGAGGCCCCAAGAGACAGGAAGGCGGAAUGCUUCUAUAAAGGAAAGAGCAAUCAGACGGAAUGUUUCAAUUAUAUCCGCAUCCUUCAAGAAUAUAAUGAAACCCACCUCCUUAGCUGCGGGACGUACGCCUUCCAGCCCAAGUGCACUUAUAUAGAGCUGUCGUCAUACACUCUGGAUAGUGUAAACUUGGAAGAUGGGAGGGGAAAGUGUCCAUAUGAUCCAUCAUCCGGCCACACCGGGCUUGUUGUAGAUGGAGUUUUGUACUCCGCUACAUUAUUCAACUUUCUGGGAACGGAGCCAGUGAUCCAGCGCAGUGUGGGGCAGCAAAGCAGUAUAAAGACGGAAUAUCUGGCAACAUGGCUGAAUGAGGCGAACUUUGUCAGCUCAGCUCAUAUACCCGAGAGUUUGGAUAAUGAAUUUGGGGACGACGACAAGAUUUAUUUCUUCUUCACCGAGCGGGCCCUAGAAUAUGACUGCUCCAGUGAGCAGGUGGUGUCACGGGUGUCCCGAGUCUGUAAGGGGGAUUUAGGAGGGGCUCGGACUCUACAGAGAAAAUGGACCAGUUUCCUGAAGGCCCGGCUAGUGUGCUCCAUUCCGGAGAUACAGCUUAAUUUUAACCUGUUGCAGUCUGUUUACACACUGCGAACCGACCACUGGAGAUCUACAGAGUUCUACGCUGUCUUCCAAGCGCGAUGGGGUGAUGUGGCUGUCUCAGCAGUCUGCCAGUACUCAAUCCAAGACAUCCAGAAGGUUUUUGAUGGGCCCUAUAAGGAAUACCGCGAGCAAGCCCAGAAGUGGGGCCGUUAUUCUGACUCCGUGCCAAGCCCUCGACCUGGAUCAUGCAUCACAGAUUUCCACAAGCGUCAUGGAAUGCAAAGCUCAAUGGACCUUCCUGAUAAUACUCUCAACUUUGCCAAGAAGCACCCACUUAUGGAUGAGUUGGUGCAGCCUGUACAUGGGCGUCCUUUGCUGGUCAGGAAGGGAGUCAACUUCACAACACUUGCAGUGCACAGGACCCAAGGGCUAAAUGGGGAGCUGUAUGAUGUCCUAUUCAUUGGAACAGGGAAUGGUUGGCUGAACAAAGCCGUUCGUUAUGGAUCCACUGUACAUAUGAUUGAGGAACUUCAAAUGUUUGACAAACCAUAUCCCGUGCACAGCCUAGUCCUCUCUACCCAAACGUCUGUGCUCUUUGCUGGUUCUCAAUCUGGGCUGGUACAGCUUGCCAUGGCAGACUGCAGUAAAUAUCGCUCCUGUGCAGACUGUGUGCUCGCCCGUGACCCUUUCUGUGCCUGGAAUCGCAACAUCAGUCGCUGUGUGCAUUCUGGCGAGCCCUCUGGGUAUGUGUUGCUUCAGGACUUGCAGGGCACCGACCACUCAAUGUGCAACUUUCAGAACAUGAAAGUUGUGAAGCCAUCAUCGAGGAACCUCACGGUGGCCAUUGGCACAAAUGUUGUUCUUCCUUGUGAGCUGACCUCCAAUCUGGCACAACCCAUAUGGACUUUGAAUGGUCGUGAGUUGACGCAGGAUGAAAACGACUCUGUGCUUUAUGACAUUACCCUGCAGGCUCUGGUCAUCCUUGGAGUCGGUGCUCACCAUUCCGGCAUGUAUUGUUGCUAUUCAGUUGAACAGGGGGCCCGCUUGGCCUCCGAGCAUUACCAGCUCAGCGUGGUGGCUUCCGCAUCCCUCACUUUAGAAUCUCGUGCUCCCAUGGAUGGUUUGGGUUUGGUUUGGAUGAUGGUAAUAGGUCUUGGAGCGGUUUGCUUAGUCCUAUUUCUGGCUGUUGUCUAUCUGCGGAGGAAGUUACAGGAUGAGAUGGACAAAGGUUCUAAGUCAUUGGAAAAUACGCUUGUGUAUCCCAUCCAGUUGCCGUCACAACCCAAACUGGCAAAGUGCCUGCCGAGUGCAGAUUCGGAUGAGAAACUGUGGGACCCCUCCUCUUUUUACUAUUCCGAUGGCUCACUAAAAAUUGUCCCCGGUCAUGCACUGUGCCAGAACAGCACUGGUUCCUCCUCUCCAUCGGGCAAUGGGAUUCCUGGUCAGCCACUGCCUUCCCCGCCGCUUCACUCCCCUAAUCACAUGCUGCUGUCAGGUGUCCGAGGCUCCAACAGCAAUGGCUAUAUACGGCUUACACUGGGUGGGGUAGUGGCUGAAGAGCGCCCACCGCUUGGAGAACUCAAUGAGGAAUUGAGGUGGAAGUUGAAGCAGAGGCAGGCUCUGCCGGACUCCAAUCCAGAGGAAUCCUCUGUCUGACACACCCUCUUAUCACAAUGCACAGUUUGCACUGGUUUUUAUUUUAUUUGUUUUCCUAUUAUUCUGAACUACCUCAGGGAAUGGAGGUUUGGGGGAGGGAUGCAGCCAAAAUUUAUUUUCUCUCCCCCAUGGUCUCCACUUACAGACACAGUGAAAGUGAGGAGAAUACUUACGUGGCUCCCCCUUUGUCCCUACGUGCCAGCUCACAUUAAGUCUAUGUCCCAUUUCUGAGACUUCGGUAAGGGUUCAGUAUGGGGAAAUCUUUCCUGUAAGAAGUGGCGCUCUGAUGGGUAACCGCAGAGGCAAUGGGAGGACCAGCCCAGCUUCCUUUUCCUGGACUUCUCCGCCAUAGCAGCAAUAAGGCUCUGCAGCCUGUUUACUCUACCUGCCGAAGCUGGUGCAGGGAUCCAUUAUUAACCAAUUGGUUGCCAGUCUUGCUUUACAGCUGGUUUUACGGUGUUGAGCAAUGAAAGAGAAAAUAUUGUCACUGUUAUAGUUUAUAAAGCAUCUGUAUGCUAAACGUUUACAAUGACCUGAGAGACCAACUCCGCAUCACCUCUUUUUGUGGCAUGACCAAUUUUUUCAAAAUGAUCUGUGUAUUAGAAUAGAGGCAGGAAACCUGUGGCCCUACCAGCUGUUGUGGAACUACAGGACCCAGCAUGCUGUGCCACUAUUUAUUUAUUGUAUGUCUACAACUUCUGUAGAGGUUGCCCAAAGUCUGUAUGGAGAGAAAGACGUUCCAUGUUUGUGGCAAAGCUAAAGAAAGGAAGUACACCUAUCCAGUUCUUGUUGUAUGCAAUUACAUUGUAUCCGAUUCCCUUCCGAACCCAGCAAGACCUUCCCUCCUCCUGCCUUCAAAUCCGAAAUGACCGCUAUCACGUAAUUUUGAUGCAGCCCAGCCUGGUUGCUGAGUGUUCGUGUAAAUGACUUGUUUUUGGACAUAUGAAAAUGAAUGUGAGGAUGUAUUAAUAUUUAUAUACUUUUUUUUUUUUCUUUCUUUAUUGCUAUUUGCAAUAGUUUAUUCCAUAGUUGUUCUGAAAGCUGGGACAAUCCUAUAAAACAACAAUUUUAGUUUUUUCUUGGUGAAUCCGUAAGUUUCAUUCCAGUCACACAUACAGCAGAUUGUUCAGCCAUUCCUUUAACCCUCUUACACACACUCUUUUCAAUACUGCAGUCACUCCUCGAUAACAUUUCAGGAAGGCCAGAAGUUGUGUGGCUUAUUCCCUCUGCCAAAUGCCUUGUUCUUGUUUUGUGUGUCUGCGAGUGGCCGAAGGGAGGGACGAGAGCCAUGUCUUGUGUAUAUACAUAUCCUUUUCACUGUUUUUACAAACAAAACCUUGGGUUCUGCACGCUAAAAAUAUCUUUUCUUUUUCCAUUCGACUCUGUAAAUAAGUUACUCUGUUCUCACGCUCUCUAUCCCGCAUCCCAUCUCACUUCGUUAGCUCACUGUGUAAUUUAUUUGUGUUUUUAAAAUAUAUUUAUUUCCUGUAAAUAAGUAUUUUUAUAUUGAGAAAAUAAAAAUAAAAUUUAAACAAG